UAAGCGCAGCCACUUGCGGUUCCCGGACAGCCCAGUUAAGAGUUAGAAUUACACCCCUAAGUUCUUCCUCGACCCGCGAAUGGACACGCAGGAAGGAAAGAAAGAAACAAAAAUCUCGAAAGGAACCUGGAAGUCCUUGAUGCGGCAGAUAGAGGCAUCACUCUUCCGAACAAUCUUUACGGCUGACAUUAUGACGCAGAGGAGGGAGGCGGAGAAAGAACAGCGGGUCAAGGGUAAGAAGGGGCGUGGUGGCGGUAACCACGGUAGCCUCGGCUUUUUCUUAAUUGGGAAGGAAGUAAAGCACGAUGUAGGCACGCUAUGGCAGCCGCCGGGGAAGCAGGAUAGAAAGUUGCUACUUUAUCUCAGGGAAAUAAUCUGGAUUCUUUUUCACCAAUGUAACAUGAAAACAAUGGGCAGAUGAUAUCAGUUAAAACUGCUUUUGGCAGCUGACUAUCAGACAGCAAGCAGCUACGUAAGCAACUGCAAUCCAACUGCAAGGAUUUUUACAGUCCCGUGCACUGGAAAUUAUGUGCAGUAUCUAAGUACUCGGAGUAACUGCAGUUUCUAUGUAAAUCAUUUUAGGAUUUAUAAUAAUGUCUGUUCAUGCCACAGAGAGUGACAUUCCUAGAUUUUUUGUGGGUGGUGAAGAUGGGGAAGAACUUUUGGAUUGUUCCAGAUCUUCCAAUUUUGCCUCCUUCUAUGAUCAGGAUGAUGAUGAUGAAGAGUAUGAUUCUCCACCAGAAAGACAGAUCAUGGUUGGAAUAUGUUCUAUGGCAAAAAAAUCAAAAUCAAAACCAAUGAAUGAAAUCCUUGAACGGCUUUCCAUGUUUAAAUACAUCACAGUAGUGAUAUUUGAAGAAGAUGUCGUUUUGAAUGAACCGGUAGAAAACUGGCCUUUAUGUGAUUGUCUCAUUUCUUUUCAUUCUAAAGGAUUUCCAUUGGACAAAGCAGUUGCCUAUUCUAAACUCAGGAAUCCAUUUGUUAUUAAUGAUUUGAAUAUGCAGUAUCAUAUACAAGACAGGAGAGAAGUUUAUGGCAUCCUUAAAGAUGAAGGCAUUUUACUUCCUCGUUAUGCAGUUCUAAACCGGGAUCCAAAUAAUCCCCAAGAAUGCAAUUUGAUUGAAGGAGAAGAUCAUGUGGAAGUGAAUGGGGAAGUUUUCCAAAAGCCAUUUGUGGAAAAACCAGUUAGUGCAGAGGACCACAAUGUGUAUAUUUAUUAUCCAACAUCUGCCGGUGGGGGAAGUCAGAGGCUCUUUCGGAAAAUUGGUAGCAGAAGCAGUGUUUACUCUCCUGAAAGCAACGUGAGAAAAACUGGUUCAUACAUCUAUGAGGAAUUCAUGCCUACAGAUGGUACUGAUGUAAAGGUAUACACUGUAGGUCCAGAUUAUGCACAUGCAGAAGCACGUAAAUCCCCUGCUCUAGAUGGCAAGGUGGAGCGUGAUAGCGAAGGCAAAGAAGUGAGGUAUCCAGUGAUACUUAAUGCACGGGAAAAGUUAAUAGCUUGGAAAGUAUGCCUGGCUUUUAAGCAAACAGUUUGUGGAUUUGACUUGUUGCGUGCAAAUGGGCAGUCCUAUGUCUGUGAUGUCAAUGGCUUCAGUUUUGUGAAAAAUUCUAUGAAGUAUUAUGAUGAUUGUGCUAAAAUCCUUGGAAAUAUGGUUAUGAGAGAACUUGCUCCACAAUUUCAGAUCCCUUGGUCUAUACCUUUAGAAGCAGAAGAUAUUCCUAUUGUGCCAACCACCUCAGGAACAAUGAUGGAGCUUAGAUGUGUCAUUGCUGUAAUACGGCAUGGAGAUCGGACACCAAAGCAAAAAAUGAAAAUGGAAGUUAAACACCAAAAAUUUUUUGAUCUUUUUGAAAAAUGCAAUGGGUAUAAGUCUGGGAAAUUAAAGCUGAAAAAGCCUAGGCAGCUACAGGAAGUACUUGAUAUUGCAAGACAGCUCUUAAUAGAGCUAGGACAGAAUAAUGACUCUGAAAUUGAAGAAAACAAAUCUAAACUUGAACAGUUAAAGACUGUGUUGGAGAUGUAUGGACAUUUUUCUGGCAUAAAUCGCAAAGUACAACUGACUUAUCUUCCUCAUGGUUGUCCUAAAACAUCUAGUGAAGAAGAAGAUAACCGCAGACAAGAGCCAUCUCUACUCUUAGUUCUGAAAUGGGGAGGAGAAUUGACACCUGCAGGUAGAGUUCAGGCAGAGGAACUAGGAAGAGCUUUCCGAUGUAUGUACCCAGGUGGACAAGGUGACUAUGCAGGAUUUCCAGGAUGUGGCCUACUUAGAUUGCAUAGUACCUAUCGGCAUGAUCUCAAAAUCUAUGCAUCUGAUGAAGGAAGAGUUCAAAUGACAGCCGCAGCUUUUGCAAAGGGUCUAUUGGCAUUGGAAGGGGAACUCACACCUAUACUUGUGCAAAUGGUUAAAAGUGCUAAUAUGAAUGGUCUAUUGGACAGUGACAGUGACUCUCUUAGCAGCUGCCAACAUCGUGUGAAGGCACGCCUUAAUGAAAUUCUCCAAAGAGAUAGAGACUUUACUUCUGAGGACUAUGAAAAGUUGACACCAUCUGGCAGCAUUUCUCUGAUAAAAUCAAUGCAAGUGAUAAAAAAUCCUAUUAAGACAUGUGAUAAGGUAUAUUUCUUAAUCCAGAGUUUGACAUCUCAAAUCAAACAACGAAUGGAAGAUCCUAAAUUUGCAGAUAUUCAACUUUAUCACAGCGAAACAUUGGAACUAAUGCUGCGUAGAUGGGCCAAGCUUGAAAAAGACUUUAAAACAAAGAAUGGAAAAUAUGAUAUAAGUAAAAUCCCAGAUAUCUAUGACUGCAUAAAAUAUGAUGUUCAGCAUAAUGUCUCUUUAAAGCUAGAAAAUACAAUGGAAUUGUACAGACUGUCAAAGGCAUUGGCUGAUAUUGUGAUCCCUCAGGAAUAUGGUAUUACCGAGGCUGAAAAAUUAGAGAUUGCUAAAGGUUACUGCAAUCCACUAUUGAGGAAAAUUCGGUCUGAUCUUCAGAGGACUCAGGAUGAUGAUACUGUUAACAAACUCCAUCCUUUGUAUUCUAGUGGGGUUAUGUCUCCUGAACGUCACGUUCGAACUAGGCUGUACUUUACCAGCGAGAGUCAUGUCCAUUCCUUGCUUUCAACUCUUCGCUAUGGUUCUUUAUGUGAUGCAUCAAAAGAUGAACAGUGGAAGAGAGCUAUGGAUUAUCUCAAUGUUGUCAGUGAACUCAAUUACAUGACCCAAAUAGUUAUCAUGCUGUAUGAAGAUCCAAAUAAGGAGGUUUCAUCAGAAGAACGCUUCCAUGUAGAGUUACAUUUUAGUCCAGGAGCAAAAGGCUGUGAAGAAGAUAAAAACUUGCCAUCAGGUUUUGGUUACAGACCUGCUUCACGGGAGAAUGAUGAUUCAAAGCAAACAUCCCGUAGAAAUGAGAAUGAUGAGGACCCUCAUGCUUAUAAAAGAGAUGAAACUGAUCGUUCAAUAAUGAUGUUCAAGCCAAUGGUGUCAGAUCCAAUUCAUAUACAUAGGAAAUCACCUCUUUCAAGACCCAGGAAAAUGGGCUCAGCAGAAGAAGAGAGCCCCCUGAGUGUGUCUAGCCCAGAGUGGCUGCAUUAUACCAGUGGUGUGGGUACUGGGCGUCGAAGACGCAGAUCAGGGGAACAAAUCACUUCUUCCCCUGUCUCCCCUAAAUCAUUGGCUUUCACAUCCAGUAUUUUUGGCUCAUGGCAACAGGCGCAGUUUAGGAGUAUUCAUUUGGCACCAUCAGAAAAUAAUAGUCUUUUUCGACCUCCAAGAACAAUUGUGGAACAAAAGACCAGUAGCAUAGGGUCUCACUGUGCGAGCCUGUUUAGCACCUCGGUGCUCGGGGGGUCUUCAAGUGCACCCAAUCUACAGGAUUAUGCUCGUACUCAUCGUAAAAAGCUGACUACUUCUGGCUGCAUAGAUGACACCACACGUGGUUCUGCUGUUAAAAGGUUUUCUAUCACAUUUGCUCGACACCCAACCAAUGAGCAUCCAGACCUCUAUAGGUGCUGGUCGGUUUCCUCUGAGGAAUUUCUAGGCUCCAGUGGCUUUGAAUUAUAUUCCAUGGUGCCUUCAAUUUGUCCUCUAGAAACUCUCCAUAACUCCUUGUCUUUAAAGCAAGUGGAUGAAUUUCUUGCCUCAAUUACAGCCUCAACCUCGUGUGAAAAUUUUCCAAAUACAUCUACAGCUUCCUUUCGUUCUCCAUCAUUUAUUGAUUCCGUGACAGAAAGAAAGUCUUCUUUAAAUACAUAUACCCCUGCUAAAAUCCAACCAACAACAUUUGAAGACUAUGCAGGGCGGAGAUCUGUUGAGAGAAGCCCCUCAGAUGCCACUUGCUCUUCAGUUCCUGAUAUUUGACUCUGUACCAUUAGAAGACAAAAAGAAUUUAAAUAAUAGUAGUGUGAUGUUAGUAGUGAAAUGCUUUCUGAAAAAGAAUUAACCACUUCAGUCAAAACUUGAAGGAAUACUUCAUUGCCUCUUCUAUAAUGAACAAAUCCUUACAGAAAAAGGCAGUUUUUGAAAUCACGUUUGCCACACAGUGUGUUUCAUUGUACGUAAAAAAAACCUUCUGGAAUGCAUAAGUUGUAUAUUUUCAGUUAAAGGUGACUUCGGUUCUAAAAUAUAAAGAGCAACAAAGUUUACACUUGUAAUUUUAAGGUACUGAUAUCUUAAAUGUAAAAACUGCACAAAAUAUUUCCAUCAUUGUUGUCUAAAAUAUACGCACAAUGCAAAACCAAAACAGCCUAGCAUAAUAGUAUCGUAUUGCAGACACAGCUAGAAAGGGAGAAAAGACAAAGAUUUUUAAAAGGCUGUUAGAUAUAAAAGGGGAUAGAUUUACAAUAGGCCUUUUAAAAGUUUACAGUAGGCCUUUUUUCAUUACCAAGAAAUAUUAACGUGGCUCUGGUUAAUGUCUACUUUUCUGAAUAUUGACCCCUAAAUUAGAAUUUAGCAAUUUAAACUUUAUUUCUGGUAAUCAUGCUUGUUGUUUGACUUAAGAUGAAAACUUUAGAUUCUUAGACUUGGCAAAUGCAAGGAAAAUUCAACAACCUGCUGUAGAAACUAAUACUCUAAAGCUAAUGUGUCAUAUUUUGAGUCAUAUAAGUACUAAUAGCAUCUAUAUGAUAUUAUACAAUUGUAAAGUUAAAAGUUAAAAUUGGUUUCAAUUCACAGAUCAGCUUCACUGAAGAUUUAUUCUAACUUGACAAGAGUCAGGGCCACCAAAACAAAUUAAAAAAGAAAAUAUUUUAAAUGCUAAUGUAGCAGAACUUUACAUUUCAUAGCAAAAUAUUUUAUUUCUAUUUCAUGCAUGCUUACUACUAAGUUAAAACCUCAUUCUUACUCUAUGCCAAUUAUUUUCUCUGUCAGCAGCAGUUGUAUAGGGAACAAAAUCUUGGUCUUGACUCCAUUCCGUUUAGUCAUUCAUCUGUCAAGUGCAAGGUUUAGAUUGUAAUCUCUCUCCAUGCUUCAGUUUAAAUAUGGCUUCUGGAAGAAUCGCAUCCUUCCUAUUAUAUCAAGGUACCUCUAAUGAGAUUUCAUAGUAAUAAUUACAUAAAGGGGUACUGUCCAAAAAAAUCAUAUACUCAUAAAUUAAUAUCUUGCCUAAGAUGGCCUGCUCAGUCUUGAUGCAGAAGUACAUGUCACUUUUUCCUAUUUGAAUAUGAGAUAUUUUGGGAGUCAGUUAUGGACAGUAUAUACAUGAUUUACCACAUUUCUUUGUUUACAUCAAUACCUGGAAUUUGCGCAAGAUUAUUCUAACCUAUGCUUUAGUAUAGGGCAUGAAUUAAUUUGAUUGCAUUAUUUAUGAAUUUAUUUCCUGUUUACAUACUAUCCAAAGGCUCUUU